AUGGCCGGCGCGUCCGCCGGGCGGUUGCUCCUGGCCGCGGUGUCGCUCGUCCUCGUCGCGGCGUCGGCGCAGGCUCAGUCGGAGGCCGACGCGCUGCACGCGUUCCGCGCGGCGCUGCGGGGGCCGGACGGCGGCCCGCCGGGGGAGCUCAGCCAGUGGGAUACGGGCUUGCCCUGCGACGGCGACGCGCAGCGGUGGGACGGGGUGAAGCGGUGCGCCGGCGGCCGCGUCGUGGUGCUGCAGCUGGAGAACCUCCGCCUGCAGGGCGCCGCGCCGGACCUGCGCCUGCUCGCGCCGCUCGGGGGCCUGCGCUCGCUCAGCCUCGCCAACAACAGCCUCGCGGGCGCGCUCCCAGACGUGUCCGCGCUGCCCGCGCUCAGGUCCCUCUACCUGUCCCGGAACAGGCUCUCCGGCGACAUCCCCGACGGCGCGUUCGCGGCGCUGAGGGGGCUCCAGAAGCUGGACCUGUCCAACAACGCCUUCACCGGACCGAUACCGAGCUCCAUCGCGACGUCCGCCAAGCUCAAAGACGUCAACCUCUCCAACAACAACUUCUCCGGGCCCGUCCCGGAAGGGCUCCAGCACUUGGGCGCCGCCAAAGUCCAUGUACAAGGGAACAAUCUUCUCUGCGGCCCGCCGGUGGCCCCCCCGUGCUCUUCCUCGUCCCCGGCGGCAUCGUCGUCGUCGACAUCCGGCAGCAUGAAGGUACUGAUGAUCAUCGCCAUCGUAGUGGUCUCCAUCGGCGCGCUCCUGGCCGUCGCCGGCGUCUUCGCCGCGGUCCAGGCCCGCCGCAACGAGCCACGAUACGCCGGACGCACCGAGACACUCGGCGGCAGCCCCGACGCCGCCAAGAUCAAGGUCACCUCCGCUCCGGCCGUCAAGAUCGAGCAGAGCGGCGUGGACCAGCACGGAGGCGCGGUGACUCCCGCGGUGGCUGGGAAGCGCGGCGGCGGUCGGCGCGACGACCACGGGAAGCUGGUGUUCAUCCAGGAGGGCCGGGCGCGGUUCGAGCUGGAGGACCUGCUGCGCGCCUCCGCCGAGGUGCUGGGCAGCGGCAACUUCGGCGCGUCGUACAAGGCGACCCUCCUUGACGGCCCGUCCCUGGUGGUGAAGCGGUUCAAGGAGAUGAACGGCGUCGGGCGGGAGGACUUCGCGGAGCACAUGCGGCGGCUGGGGCGGCUCGCCCACCCCAACCUCCUCCCCGCCGUCGCCUACCUCUACAAGAAGGAGGAGAAGUUGCUCGUCACGGACUACAUGGUGAACGGCAGCCUGGCUCACGUGCUCCAUGGCGGGGCGAGAUCGAGCCUGCCGCCGCUGGACUGGCCGAAGCGUCUCAAGAUCAUCAAGGGCGUGGCGCGCGGGCUGGCGCACCUGUACGAGGAGCUGCCGAUGCUGAUGGUGCCGCACGGGCACCUCAAGUCCUCCAACGUCCUGCUGGACGCCGCCUUCGAGCCGGUGCUGGGCGACUACGCGCUGGCGCCGGUGGUGACGCCGCAGCACGCGGCGCAGGUGAUGGUGGCGUACAAGUCCCCCGAGUGCGCGGCGCAGGGCGGGCGGCCGGGGCGGAAGAGCGACGUGUGGAGCCUGGGCAUCCUCAUCCUGGAGGCGCUGACGGGCAAGUUCCCCGCCAACUACCUCCGGCAGGGCCGCGCCGGCACCGACCUCGCCGGGUGGGUGCACUCGGUGGUGCGGGAGGAGUGGACCGGCGAGGUGUUCGACAAGGACAUGCGCGGGACGCGGAGCGGCGAGGGCGAGAUGGUGAAGCUGCUCAAGGUCGGGCUCGGCUGCUGCGAGCCCGACGUGUCCCGCCGCUGGGGCCUCGAGGAGGCCCUCGCGCGCAUCGAGGAGCUCCGGGAGCGCGACGCCGGCGACGACAGCAGCACCGCCUCGUCGUUCGUCAGCGACGGCGAGACGACGCCGGCGGCGCGGCACGGCGAGCCGCAGUCGCACUCCACGUAGUAGGGGCAAACCCGGUGUCGUGUCGAUCGGAUUCGUUCGGUGCAAAAACUUGUGGCGUGUGUGAUGUUCGUGUACCGGCGGCGGCGUUGGGCGUGCGUGACGGCCGGAGAUCGUCGGGGGUGUGUAAGCAAGCGUGCGGGAACUUCUUC